UGAAUUAAGCCAACAGAAACGGCCGAAUCGAAAAUUUUUCAUUAGAGAUGUUGAUGAUGUUGCUCCCGAUUUCCUUUGACGGAAUAUCCCUCUCGGGAUAGUCUUGUUUAGUCCCAUUAGAAAGCUGGGCCAAUUCCGCGGAUGCUACGGAUGUUGUUACUGGAUUCAACUCUUGCUUGAUGUCAAUCGAGACCUUUCAGCGAGCCGUCCGGUUUUGAUUUCCCGAGGCAUGAGAAUCGUUGGCCUUUCUGACAGUAGGAACAGCUAAAAAAAUUGUGUAUUAAUUGUAUAAUCUGGAUUUGUUUCAAUUUACCUGUUGGUAUCAGUUUUCGACGAUAUUGUUCUUCCAAGCCAUCGAUAUGCACGAAACAAUCUGGACUGAAGCGAAGCGAGCAAAUGUACAUGUUUUAGUAUUGCUGUUUAGGUCCUGUCCGAAGGAUCGAAGCCAUUUUUUAAUCGAUGAAAUGAUAAUUUGUGGGAUAUGUUUUCAUAAUUCGAGUUGGACUCGAGCCGGUGCCACUCAUCGAGCCAUAGGGUUGUCUGAAAAUGGAAAUAUUAUAUAAAUAUAUUCCUUCGCAGUCGAGCCGCCGUAUAAAGACCAGUCUCAAAAAGCUGCACAGAAACAACACAGCCUUUAAUGUUCAUGGUUCACUAGUCUCAUGUAUUUUUGACGUAUUUAAAAAUAUAUAUCAUUAUAUCAUCAGUAACAGUGUUCUGGGAUCGAUACCAGGUGUCUUGGCCAGAUUUCAGACCAGAAAAAUUGGAUUGAGAACAUCUCGAAUUCUGUAUGGAUCUUUUCACUGUUGUUCGAGCAUUUUCAAACCUUUUCGAUGCUUGGUCAGAGAAAAUCCGUUCUUGAUGGCCUGCGUUGCUCUUUAAAGCUCCUCCUACUUCCAACGUUGUCUGCCCAUCCUCUUUUUGUAAUUCAGCGACAUCUGGAGUCAAUUAGACCAAAGAAAAGCCUCAAACCUGUAGGACCAAUUUACCCCACACAAUAUGUAAAAAUUGAAAUGCAAUUAAUUUCAUUUAUUGUUAUCAAACUUACAGUUUCGGUGCAUUAAAUUGUUUCUCUUCUGUAGGCGAACAGAACUUGACUGCAUAAUACACGAGAAGUUUGUUCAAUCAGAGGGAAAAACCUUAAAACCACGAUCGGAAAACUCACAUUUUUUGGCAAUCAAUGUGCUUGCUGUGUUCAUGCUACCGUUUUCUUCCGCCUGUCGAAUUUUACCAAAGUUUUUUUUACGUUAGAUACGAACGGUUCAACAAUAAAAAGUGAUGACAGCAUAACAAAAAUCCAAGUUGAGUCGUACUUUUUAAGAUGAAGGGGUGGUCCAAAUCACCCCGUGUUACCCUAACACAAAUGUGGUUCCAAAUUCCCUACUUUUUAACAUCCUCGGAACUCGGCCUUGCAAUUAACACAACCGAGUGCUGAGUAACAUAGGAAGCUGCAAUUCCAUCAAGGCAACUUGAUGUGUGCUACAAGCACCAAUUUUCGACAUAAUCGGUCUUGUCGAGCAAUGUUGGCCUCAGUAAAUAGUCUGCGGAUCGGUGUGGCGCGUAUGCCGCGACAUAUACGGCAAUAUUAGAGGAACUACGACAUCUAUUGUCGAUUAUCAUAAGUCAUCCGAUUAAUGAAACAAAAAGAUUAUUGAACAUAAAAUCAAUAACAUCAAAAGAGAUAUAUUGGAGCAGUUAGCGGUUACAUACUACUGUGUUGUUCAGUGUCGAUGGAAUUGCGGUUUAACAAACAUGUUUUUGUUAAGCCGAUAUGAUUGUAAGAACGUUGGAAAUAUGGGGAUGAAGAUGACAGAGUCGUUGAAGUGGUUUAGUAUAGUUGAGUAUUCUGACGUGACUGGAGUGUUUUCUGAGUAAUCUCUGAAAAUGUUAAACAUUUGGUUGCUGAUACUAUUCUGGCUUCAAAUAAGAAUCACUUACCAACAGGAUGAUUUUAAAUGUGGAGUUCCACAAAUGACACGAACGAAAUUGAUAGUGCAAGGAUCGGACACAGUUGCAGGAGAGUGGCCAUGGCAUGUGGCUAUUUACCAAUCAUCCCGACGGGAAACCAAAUACGUCUGUGGAGGAACUUUGAUAAGCGAACAAUUCGUUCUAACGGCCGCGCAUUGUGUUACGAGUAAAGAGAAUGGUUAUCAGUUGGCUGCAGGUCGUCUCUUUGUCCGAUUGGGUGUUCUUGAUUUAGAUGCGUUGAACACCCAGACUUUGCAACAGCAUGGAAUCGAAAGGAUUCAUAAAUAUGCGAAUUUCUCCAACGGAAGUCUAAACGAUGACAUAGCACUGCUUGAGCUCAAUACAUUAGCACAAUUCAACAAAUUUGUACAACCGGCUUGCGUGAACCAAGUGGAAAAUCUUGUGGGAGAAAAUAUGACAGCAAUUGGUUGGGGAUUGACUGAAGAUGAUGAAAUUUCAGCAAUCUUGAAGAAAGCUCAGAUGCCCGCAGUUGAGGAUAUAACGUGUCUUAAGAGUAAUCGCGAGCUGUUCGGAAACGCUCUCGAUGAAGGUAUAUUUUGUGCUGGAUACGCAAACGGAACCAGUGUCUGCAAUGGAGACAGUGGAGGCGGACUAUUUAUGAAACGUGAUAAUGUGUGGUAUCUGGCAGGUAUAGUGUCCUUCUCAGAGAGCCGUUCCGGCAAUAGUAAGUUCUGCCGUACCGAUGGAUAUGCGGCGUUCACAAAAGUUCAAAAAUAUCUCCCUUGGAUCAUAAAAAUUACAAAGCUACACUUCCUGUUAGGACAGGGAAUUUCCCCUUCCGAUAAUGACCGUAAUGAUAAUUGUAAGGCAGUCAACCCGGAAGCACCAAGCAAUCAUUUGCCGAUGAACUGUGGUUCCUAUUUAAUGAAUCGAAUUUCUGGAGGCGAAAAGGCAAAUGUAUUCGAAUUCCCCUGGAUGGCUCUUCUGAAAUACAAUCAAGGAUUUCUAUGUCUAGGAUCACUUAUUAGCAAGCGUUAUGUAUUAACAGCAGCUCUUUGUGUGCGAAGCGAAUUAAUACCUUCUGGGGUACGCCUGGGGGAACAUACAAUAGAUCAAGUCAAGGAUUGCAAUGUGUUUGGCCAGGAAAUCGAAUGUUCUCCACCGGUGCGUGAUUAUGGCAUUGAGUGUAUUAUCAUACAUCCUGAAUAUAGCAGACGAACCAAAGGGAAUGAUAUUGCAUUGAUUCGUUUGAACAAAGACGUUAUAUUUGAGGAUCAUAUACAGCCAAUAUGCUUACCGGUAACUUCUGCUCUGCAAAAUGCUAAAAUAUCUAAGUACAUCAUCGCUGGCUGGGGUAAAACUGAAUAUGGAGACAACGAUCUUUCAAAAAUCCUUUUGAAAGCGUCUGUAUUGCAUGCGAAUAAAGAAGAAUGCAUGUCAUGGAUGAAUCUAUCACGUGUUAGUUUCAACGAUAAUCAAAUAUGCGCUGGGGGAAAUUCAACCAACGCAUGCGGUGGAGACGGCGGAGGACCGCUUGGAUAUGUGAUGAAGCACCGAGGAAUACGUUUUGUACAAUUCGGAAUAACAUCUUUCGGAGUGGGAUGUGGAAAUUAUCCAUCAGUGUAUACACGGGUCAGUUCAUUCAUGGAUUGGAUAACAGCGCACGUGACGGAUUAACUUUCUUACUUCAUAUUUGAAAGAAUAUAGAAUAACAACGAAUUAACCGAUUCGAGCUUUUUAUUAUCAAUGAAUAACGCAGGCCACUCAUUCUCCAAAGUUUUAGAUUUAAUUCUACUAAGAGUUAUUCGUUAGAUAAACCUCGUCUCAAACAUACUGUUUCAUAAAUGAAGUAAAAAAACUAUGUAUAGGGCGGACUCGAUUGUAUACAGUCCACGAUUUUUUUUCACUGUAUAUAAUCAAUUAAAAAAAUAUAUUUGUUUUUCA